AUGGCGCUAACGGUGAGCUGUUUAUCUCCUCCGGUAACGGUCGGCUGCUGUCCGCGGAGGCAAAAUGUCAGAAAACACGGUGUUUUAUUCAGAAACGAAGUCCAUCGUGGAGACGGUUAUCAGGACCGCUGUCGAUGUUACCGGAAAUUCAAGAGACCAAACCGACGCAAACGAACAAAGUCUGCAACGUCAGCAGCUGGAUUUUGACAGCGUUGUGGAGAUGUUGGUGCGCGAGGCAGCAAGAAAAAUCAACGCCGUUUUUUCCCAGCUGUCUUUGCUGCUGAUCACUGAAAACAGGACUCUGAAGGCCAAAGUGGGACAGCUGGAGAGCGAGCUGAAGACAGUGACUGAAAGCUUUGAAAAUGCCAGAGUGUGGAGAGAGAACGUCCUGAGCGGCUGCCCGGUCCUGUUUAAGCAGAGCGGGCAGGUCUUCACCCUGAAGCCACUGGGGAAGUUAAAAAUAAGGACAGAUAAACUAACAGAGGGAGGCAGCGGAUCAGCAGCGGCUCCCGCUGGAAUGCGGAGAAUCGGCCAAACGUGUGUCCCCCCUUCUGCGGCCGCUCCUGUGGUGCAGGGUUUCACAGGACCGGUGCCUCCUGCUGCUCCUCGAGUGCAAAGAGUCAGCCAAACAUCUCCCCCUGCUCCUGUUGCUGCUGCGGCGCAGUCCCUUUCCACAUCAUCUCCUCUUUCUGCUGCUGGGGUGGAUGGUGGACGUGAUCCUGGAGGUGGAGAGGUGACGGAGGAGGCGGUUUCUUUACCAGACGAUGGACCGGGUGAGAAUUUAAAUGGUGCUGCAGCAGGUCGCCCCUCAGAGGACACAGCUGAGCCCGAAUACACCGAAAGCCAAAAGAGGCUGGAGGCCGAGGUGCUGAAGAAAGGGAGGGUGUUUGUGUGCGACAUCUGUAACAAGACUUUUAACCGGCUCUUCCACCUCAUGAAGCACAUGAACACCCACAAAGAGCAGCGGCCUUUCGCCUGCGACCAGUGCCCGAGAAAGUUCAGGAACGCGGCGACUUUUGAGCACCACCUGCUGCGGCACGAAGAGAAGAAGUACGCCAGCUACGAGUGCGAGCUCUGCCAGAAGAAGUUCAAAACUAAAAUGGGGCUGAAGACGCACCAGGUGGUGCACACGAACGAAAGGCCGUUCACCUGCUCCACCUGCGGGAAAGGCUUCAAAACCAAAUACAGCCUGAGGUCUCACCAGCUCGUGCACACGGUCGAGAAGCCGCACAAGUGCUCCGAGUGCGGGGAGAGCUUCAAACACGCCUUCACCCUUCAGUGCCACAGAAGCACCCACACCGGGGAGCACCCGUACAAAUGCACGGUGUGUGGCAAAGUUUUUAUAAAGAGGCGAUCGCUCAGGACGCACCAGUCGGUCCACAGAGGGAAGAUGUUCACCUGCGAGACGUGCGGCGCGGGCUUCACUCUGCCUCAAAACCUGAAGAGACACAUGCACAUCCACACGGGCGUGAGGCCGUUCAAAUGUCAGGUGUGCGGGAAGGGCUUCAUUCAGGCCAACAAGCUGAAAGCACACAUGCUUCUUCAUGGAGCGUCAAAGCCGUACAUGUGCGACCUGUGCGGGAAGACUUUUCUGUACAACUGCCACCUGAAGAGACACCAGAACGUAACUCACGACGAGAAGCAUGGGCAGGUCAUGAGGAGGCGGUCUCGGGAGCGAGGCCGGCGCAGAGUUAUCUACCGGCGGGACAGGACAAUAGUGGACGUGACGCAGUUCAGCUGCGGCACCUGUCACAAGGGCUUCGACACGGCUUGUUCGCUGAAGAGGCACGAGCUGAUCCACACGGGUCACAUGCAGUACCGCUGCGACACGUGCGGGAAGUCCUUCUUCUACAAAGCCACUUACGACUACCACCAGCGGGUCCACUCCGGAGAGAAGCCCUUCGGUUGCGAUGUGUGCGGGAAGAGGUUCAUCAUCCGUCAGGCGCUCAAGACCCACAAGCUGCAGCACUCCGGAGAGAAACCGCACAAAUGCGAGCAGUGCGGCAAGGCCUUCCGCAUGUACACCAACUACCAGAGACACCAGCUGAUCCACACGGGAGAGAAGCCGUACGAGUGCGAGGUCUGCGGCCUGAGGUUCAGGCAGCUCGGGCACGUCAAGUUUCACAUGCAGACCCACACGGGAGAACGACCGUACUCGUGCAGCAGCUGCGGACUCGGAUUCUCAGACUCGAGGCUCCUCAAGAAACACAGCUGCAGCGAAAACUACCAGAAGAUGCCGGGGCACGCACUCGCAGCAUCCUGAUGGCGAGGACUCAGAAUUCCUCGCUUCC